AUGUACAAAAUUAUUCUCGACCUUUAGCAUAUUCCCGUUGUUUUUAAAGAGGAUGUACAUAUGUUUGAGCAUGCAAUUGAGAUAAUAUUGGAUUACUUCAAUCAACCAAUAGAAAUCAUUGAAACUAAUAUUUUAAGUUUUUAAACAUUAAUCCAGAAAUCGAUUUACCUAAGACCUAUUCCAAAAUUGAGGAAGCUUAGAAAAAACAGAGAAACAAGUUCGACUGAGAGGGUAAAGAAACCCAAUGGAUAUGAUCGAAUGUUUGCUAUAAUGAAUAUAGAAAAGAAACCAGAAUAGGUUAAAAAGGAUGAAAUCUACGUUUUUAAGGAUUUGUCCAAAUGUGUUGAUCCUUAGGUAAUAAAGGGAUUCAAUAAUGACUAUGAUUUCGGAGUGUUUAUUGUGAUAUAUGAAAAAUUGGGGUUAAGUCACAUUGAUCUAUUGAACGAGGUAGUUAAAUUGUACAUUUAAGAGAGGAACUCAAAAACAUUAUCGUAUUUAAGUUUAUGGUUGGAUUAUCGAUAAGUAGAUUUGAUUAAUGAUAAUAGUGUGUUCUGCACAAUAUUUUAGCAAUUUUUGAAUCUGGUUGAACUCAUUGCUACUGCUAAAUAACAAUAGCAGGAUGAAUUACAAAUGAAGAUAACAAAUAUUUUAAAUGGAAAAAAGAACAUUCUUACUACAACUUUGAAUACCCCCUCCCCUACUCUGCUAUAAAGGAAAUAGAGUUUUGACCAUCCACAAAAGAGUAAAAAGUUUAGAAAUUUAUCAAUGCAAAUAUCAAAUUAAUCAAUAAUUUAGAACAUAUCCUCUGAGUUUGAUGGGAAUUAUUUCUAUCUAAAUUGUAAUAUUGAAAUUCUCUAAAAAUAAUUUUGGAUUAUUGAUAUUGAACAAUUCUCUAAGAUAAGUAUCACAGCUAUGCUUAACUAAAAUCAUUUAAUCAAGAAUCAUGAAAUUAGCGAUUAUUUUGAUUAUCUUUUAUUCCAUAUGAUUUUUAGUACAAUCAUUAGCACAAAGGACGAGAAAUUUAUACUCAUAUCAAAGUUUAUCACCUUGUAUCAACUCUCAAAAGAGGCUAAACAUUACCAAAUGCUGCAUGUUGUCUUCACUUAUUUUAAUCACUACAUUAUUCAAUCAAUUUUAAAGUCUAUUUAUGCUUUGAAUCCUCUUCAACAGAUAAUUCUUCAAGAGAUUUUAGAAAAAGAACAGUUUCGAACUUUGAUUCCAAUAGAUAUCAAUGAUAGACAAGGUAUUAUUCCAUGUUUCAGCCUCAUUCAAUUCUAUGUUUAUAAAUUUUAAGAUAUCAAAGAUCAACAACCUAAUAGAUUAAUUUUACUAGCUUAAUAGCUAUUCUAGAUUGUUCAUCUACAAGUCCUUACUACUAAAUUGAAUGGAUCCUAAGCUAAUUACAAAGAUGACUAUAUAUGUAAAUAUUUGAAAAGUGGCCUAAAAAAAUAACUUUUCAGCUAUUUUGGAUGUAAUAAAUCAAAUAUUGAGAUUGAGAUAUUCAAAUUUUAUAAUAAUGCUUGA